AUGUUUCUUCCACCUAUUGGUCAACCACCAUUAUCAUCAUCAUUACAUGGAAAUGAAUCAAUGAAUGGUACAACUAUUAUUAAUACAAGUACAAGUUCAUCAAGCUCAUCAACAACAAAUGCAAUUGGUCUUCCACCACCACCUCAUAUGACAUCAAUGCCAUCAACACCACCUGGUACAGGUAUAAUGACAAUGCUUAAUCCUCCACUUGAUUUAUCACCACCACCACGACCAGAUUUUGGUCGUGAAGGCCGUUCAAUUAAAUUACGCGCAAAUCAUUUUUCAAUACGUAUACCACCUAUACUUAUACAACAUUAUGAUCUUAAUAUACAACCAGAUAAAUGUCCUAAACGUGUUAAUCGUGAAAUAAUUGAUACAAUGGUUAAUAAAUUUCAAAAUAUAUUUAAUACUCAACAUCCAGCAUUUGAUGGUAAAAGAAAUUUAUAUACAAAAGAUCCAUUACCAUUUGGUCGUGAACGUAUUGAACUUGAAGUAACAUUACCUGGACCUGGUGAAGGACGUGAUCGUUGUUUUAAAGUACAAAUUAAAUGGGUUGCACAAGUUAGUCUAGUUAGUUUACAAGAAGCUUUACAAGGACAAGGUCCACCUGUACCAAAUGAAGCUGUUUCAGCACUUGAUGUUAUUAUGCGACAUUUACCAAGUAUGAAAUAUACACCAGUUGGUCGUUCAUUUUUUUCACCACCUGAUGUUCAAUAUAAUCCGUUGGGGGGUGGUCGUGAAGUAUGGUUUGGUUUUCAUCAAUCUGUCCGACCAUCAUAUUGGCGAAUGUCAUUAAAUAUUGAUGUUAGUGCUACAGCUUUUUAUAAAUCACAACCUGUUAUUGAUUUUAUGUGUGAAGUACUUGAUAUACGAGAUAUUCAAGAACAACGACGUCCAUUAAAUGAUGCACAACGAGUUAAAUUUACGAAAGAAAUUAAAGGUCUUAAAAUUGAAAUAACACAUUGUGGUAAUAUGAAACGUAAAUAUCGUGUUUGUAAUGUAACACGAAAACCUGCGCAAUAUCAAACAUUUCCUCUUCAACUUGAAAGUGGUCAAACAGUUGAAUGUACUGUUGCUAAAUAUUUCUAUGAAAAACAUCGUAUGAAAUUACAAUAUCCACAUUUACCAUGUUUACAAGUUGGUCAAGAACAAAAACAUACUUAUUUACCACUUGAAGUUUGUAAUAUUGUUCCCGGACAACGAUGUAUUAAAAAAUUAACUGAUAUGCAAACAUCAACAAUGAUUAAGGCUACAGCACGUUCAGCACCUGAUCGAGAAAAAGAAAUUAAUAAUUUAGUACGCAAAGCUGAAUUUAAUAAUGAUGUAUAUGUAACUCAUUUUGGUAUUAAUAUUUUAACUAAUAUGACAGAAGUCAUGGGUCGUGUAUUAACAGCACCUAAAAUUCAAUACGGUGGUCGUACAAAAGUUGUUGUUACACCCAAUCAAGGUGUAUGGGAUAUGCGUGGUAAACAAUUUCAUACAGGUAUUGAAAUUCGUACAUGGGCAAUAGCAUGUUUUGCACCACAACGUAAUUGUAAUGAAGCAUCACUUCGAACAUUUACACAACAAUUACAACGUAUAUCAAAUGAUGCUGGUAUGCCAAUUGUUGGUCAACCAUGUUUUUGCAAAUAUGCAACUGGUAUUGAACAAGUUGAACCAAUGUUUAAAUUUCUUAAAACAACAUAUAAUGGUUUACAAUUAAUUGUUGUUGUUUUACCUGGUAAAACACCUGUUUAUGCUGAAGUUAAACGUGUUGGUGAUACAUUAAUUGGUUUAGCAACACAAUGUGUACAAGCUAAAAAUGUUAAUAAAACAACACCACAAACAUUAUCAAAUUUAUGUUUAAAAAUAAAUGUUAAAUUAGGUGGUGUUAAUAAUAUACUUGUACCAAGUGUAAGACCAAUAAGUGUUUUUCGUGAACCAGUUAUAUUUAUUGGUGCUGAUGUAACACAUCCACCAGCAGGUGAUCGUUCAAAACCAUCUAUAGCUGCUGUUGUUGGUUCAAUGGAUGCACAUCCAUCACGAUAUGCAGCUACUGUACGUAUACAAAUGCAUCGUCAUGAAGUUAUUGCUGAAUUAUCAACUAUGGUUAGAGAAUUACUUAUACAAUUUUAUAAAUCAACACGUUUUAAACCGGCACGUAUUAUUUUAUAUCGUGAUGGUGUUAGUGAAGGACAAUUUGCACAUGUACUUGCACAUGAAUUAAUGGCUGUACGUGAAGCAUGUGUUCGUCUUGAAGCAUCUUAUCAACCGGGUAUUACAUUUAUUGUAGUACAAAAACGUCAUCAUACACGUCUUUUCUGUGCUGAUAAAAAAGAGCAGUGUGGUAAAAGUGGUAAUAUUCCACCUGGUACAACAGUUGAUGUUGCAAUAACUCAUCCAACAGAAUAUGAUUUUUAUUUAUGUUCACAUGCUGGUAUACAAGGUACAUCUCGACCAUCACAUUAUCAUGUUUUAUGGGAUGAUAAUCAUUUUUCUGCUGAUGAACUUCAAGCAUUAACAUAUCAAUUAUGUCAUACAUAUGUACGAUGUACACGUUCUGUAUCAAUACCAGCACCAGCUUAUUAUGCUCAUCUUGUUGCAUUUCGCGCACGAUAUCAUUUAAUUGAAAGAGAACCCGAAAGUAAUGAAGGUUCACAUCAAUCAUCGAAUGGUGAUUCUAAUGGUCAACAACAAGUUCAAUUGAGUCGUGCAGUAACUGUACAUCCUGAUUCGGCUCAAGUCAUUUUAUCAUUGUAUAACGAAGUUACAAAGACUACCAAUAAUUUAUUUGGUAUUUUCUUACAUCAUUCGGUAUCAUUUUCACCAUUUUCACUCUUUGUAAUGACUACGAGUGACGUAACUUUUCUAACUGAUAGCGAUGAUGAAAUCACCAUAAUGAACAAUAGUGAAUCAUUAAGAUCUCGAUCAAAUACACCAACAAAUACAUUAAAAUCAAAACGAGCACGAUUAACAUUUCCUUUUGGACCUUGUCGUGUAUGUUCAGAUUCAGCUACUGGAAUUCAUUAUGGCAUAGCUACAUGUGAAGGAUGUAAAGGUUUUUUCAAACGAAGUAUUCUGCGUAAAGAAAAAUAUCGAUGUUAUUUUGAUAAUUCAUGUCUUGUUAAUGUAACCAAUCGAAAUCGUUGUAAAGCAUGUCGAUUUAAACGAUGUAUAGACAAGGGCAUGUCUGUAGACGGUGUAAAAAUGGGACGAAUACCAAAAUUAGUUAAAGAAAGAGCAUUACUCGAACAAAAAGAACAACAGAUGAGACAAAAAGCAACAUCAACAGAAACUAAUGAAAGAACUGAUGAUGUACAUGUUAGAGAUUCAUCAUCAUGUUCAUCAUUAUCUGAUCGUAGUAUUGAAAAUUACGAUCCAAAUGCAGUGGAAACAGAUAUUAAGGAUAUACAAAUAUCAGCUAUGCAACGAAAUUGUUCAUCAUCUAAAAUCUAUCCAGAUAAUAUUAACUUAUCUCAGACUAAUUCUUUAUUAUAUAAUGAUCCAAUAAUAAAUUGUUCACUAAUACAAACAAAUCUAUCUCAACAUGAUAUUGAUACAAUAUCAAAUAAUAAUCAUAAUAAAAACUCAUCGUUUAUAUAUCAAACAAAAUAUCCAACAUAUUUACCCGAUGAUUUUACAUUAGAUGAAACUGAUGGUCUAAUUAGACAUUCAACAGGUAUUUUAUCUAAUGAAUUAUUACAACAUGUUAAUAAUAUAUCAAAUAAACUAAUUGAAAAAAAAUCAACAUUACUUAUUCAAUUAACGGAUAAUGAAUUAGCAUUUAUACAAUUUCUUCGUUGGUCAUCAUAUGAUAUUUAUGUUCGACAUUCAAAACGUAUUAAACAAUUAGAAACACGAAUGAAUCAAAUGAUUCUUAAUGGUAUUACGGAAUAUCCAGGUGAUAAUGCAACAGUUGCACAAUUUCUUGCUACUGUUCCAAAAACUGUUGAAGUUAUUGUUCGUUCAUCUGUUUUUUACAUUCAAGAACUACCCGGUAUGGUUAACAUAGGUUUAGGUAAUUUACAUACAAUAAUUCUUCAUCGAACAUUUGAUUGGUAUAUGCUUAAAUAUGCUUGUUUAUUAUUAAAUGAUAAUGGUCAAGGUUACCUACUAUCACCUGAUGGUUUUCAAUAUACACGUCGUUGGAUGGAUAUAUUAUAUGGAGUUGAAAUGACCGAUGAAGUAUUUAAAUUUUGUCAAUGUUUUCAUAGUCUUAAUUUAACUGAAACUGAAAUUUGUCUUGUAAUACCUUUACAAAUGUGUCAUACAGAUUUAACUAUAAAAGAUAGUGAAAUACAACAAAGGUUACGUGCUUGUUAUCUUUAUGCACUUCAUCAAGAGUUAUGUCAAAAUCAUGGUGCACAAGAAGGACAAAUAUUAUGUGGUAAAAUUUUACAGGUACUUGAUUUAUUGAGUCCUCUUAAUGAAUUUUAUGAAAAAAAUGUUGCAUCUCGUUUAUUAGAAGCAUAA